CAAUGAUUUAACAAUUUAUAAAAUAUUGUUUUAAUAAUUUUUGCAUUGAUUUACCAUAAAAAGCAUUAUAUGUUUAUUUGAUUAAAGCAAUCAAGACUUGCUAUAAAUAGUUAAACGUUAUAUUAAUAUUAAUAUUACUGUUAUUUAACAAGUGGUUAAUAAAGUUAAAUUAUAAUUUCACUCAAUUUUAUACAAUGUCUGAUCUCAGUGAGGGAGUAUUACUUGGUUUAGGGAACCCAUUGUUGGACAUCACGUGUAAUGUUAACGAAGACUUUCUGAACAAAUGGCAUUUGAAGGCCGACGACGCGAUACUCGCCGAUGAAUCCCAUGAGAAACUGUACGAAGAAGUGGUCGCCAACUAUGAGUGCCAAUACAUAGCGGGCGGCAGCUGUCAGAACACUCUGCGAACCGUCCAAUGGAUGUUACAGAAGCCAAAUGUGGGCACAUUUUUCGGGGCCGUCGGCGACGACAAGUUUGGCCGCAUUAUGGCUGACAAGAGCCACGAAGUGGGCGUCAACUCCGUGUAUAGGGUGGACCCAAAGGUGCCGACGGGAACGUGUGCUUGUCUUAUAUCGCAGGGCAACGCUUCCCGAUCGUUGGUCGCCUAUUUGGGCGCCUCCCAGACCUUUAACAUUCAACACCUGCUCGACAACUAUAGUUACGUUGAAAAGGCCCGUAUCCUCUACUCGACCGGCUUUCAUCUGGCCGUUAGCCCCGACUCAAUCAUGAAUAUGGCUAAUCACGCCCAAAGUAACCCUGGUAAAGUGUUUGCGUUCAACCUGUCCGCCCCAUACAUAAGCCACGCGUUUGGCAAACAGCUCCUGGAAGUGAUCCCAUACAUCGAUAUAUUGUUUGGCAACGAGACUGAAGCCGAGGCUUUUGGACAGCUUAAUGGUUUGCAGACGAAGGACUUGAAAGAAAUCGCCAAAUUUGCGGCUGAUAUGGAGUGCCGGCGACCGACCGGUCGUACGGUUGUGAUCACUCAGGGAAAGGAUGCCGUACUCGUGGCCACAACUGGUUCAGUCGAUGUGCGCGAAAUUGCUGUCCCAGAAGUGCCCGAACAACAAAUCGUGGACACAAUCGGUGCCGGAGACUCAUUCGUUGGCGGAUACUUCGCUCAAUUGAUUCGCAACCGACCCAUUGAUGUCUGCAUUGAAAGCGGUGUUUACGCCGCACAACAAGUGAUCCGUCAGAUCGGCGCCCAUUUUCCUAAAGAAAUGACUUUUACUAAAUAGUUUUGUUAUUUUGAAAUGACCAUGCACACUUGUGCACUUGUUUUGUAAUCGAGCC